AUGCAGAGCACAAACAAAGUCAACAAGCGCGAUGAUCCCUAUCACUUCUUUGGUGACCUUUGGCUUGAAUCCCCCGAGGAGCAUCUCAGCAGGGAAGAGUUAUCCCGCCUGAUGGCAUUCGAGCCUCUCAUCUGCGACUUGGAGAAUCGAACUCAAGGCUCAGCACAUGAUAUACGCAACGCAUUCUCGAACUUUGCCUUACGUGAAACAGAAGCAUGGGAAAGUCUCGGAGUAGAAAGGUCUUCAAAACUACUGGUACAACCCAGUGGCUAUGUUGGUGCUGUUGUUGCCUGUCACCUUCACAAUCCUACCUUCUACGUGAAGGACCCAUACUGUCAAGAGACAGAAACCAAGUCAAAUCCUACAAUUCAGCAGGUCAAUCAAGCCGGUUUUUCAUCUCAAAAUUGUUUCAUCUUCGAUCACAUCUGUCGCCGUGACAGAACAGAAGACGUGCUGCUGUUUUAUAAUGACAAGAUACUUGGGAUCCACGAAGACUUCAUGCUCUCUCUGAGGAGACAAAUGGGUGCUAAAGUCGAGAUAUGCUGGGGACGACAUGUGCGCGAAAGGAUGAAGAAGCUUGUUAACCUUGUUCCCUUCAAACUCUGGGGUCGGUUCCAAGAUGUGGAACUAUACCUAGAAUUAGAGGACCAGAGGCUCAUAAGAUUCGUUAUCUUUGUGGCACACCCACAAUUCUUCUUUUAUCAUGGGUUUUCAACGGAGAGUGGUGUUCGUUUCAGGGCAACGUCUGCAAAAAAACAAGACCUAUACCUGACAGUCGCUAGCAAGCUGGGUGGCAUCGCAAUCAGGGAGGAUUUCUAUGAGACCAUCCAUCGUCCUGCCCUUUAUGGGCAGUUCACCCGGGAACAUAGGGAAAUAGUCAACCGAUUAGAAGCUGAGGCUGAUUCACAGCUAAAGAAGGCAUUCCCACAGAAAUACCAUCAGCUUGAAUUGGCAAUGGAAAUAUGCGGAAAGAAAUCCUGUGACGGGGCGCUCACACAACAAUCCAUAUCACAACUGAUAAGAGGGGACACCAUAGAAGAAGAACUACGGCGAUCUCAGCAUAUCCACAACAUGACUCAAUCUUUUCUCGAGGCUGCCGGACAAGUCCUUAUAGGUAGCAUUAAUAUUCGCAAUACAACUCAGCUUCAGCUUCUGUCAGAGCUUCCGUCUGAUUGGGACAAUAUUUCAGAGUGGCAUGAGAUCCCGGAUUCACUCGUUGAAUGGAUUCAACAACAGGCUGGCCUUCAGAUUGACCAGAAGCCGAUUUCAUCCAAAGACGAGCUUCUGACAGCAUUCUACCUUUUAUCGCCUGCCAAUCACGGGCAGUCUCACGAGUCCCUUAUGCGUGUUAUCGUCAAGGUGGGAAUAUGGUACAUUACCAGGGCGCAAAAGAAAAGGCACGAGAGUGUUGUGGAUCUGAUCAUCCCUGGCGCAAGGCCUUACGACAUUGUCCGCAGAAAAUGUUCAAAAUGUGGCGAAAGAGUCCUUGAUGAUGCCUUUGCUUCUUACGCAAAGGAAGACCCGAAGAAGUACGUCAUUUGGUAUCGUCUACAUGGAUGUGGCCGUCCAGCCUGCAGUUCUGCUGUAGAUGGUACCUAUUUCGCAAACCUUAUCCCGCUGGACCCAAACCAGGGCUACAAAAUCGCAACACGCCGGAGCCUCCAGCGUACGCGGUCGGCAGACUUGGAGGAAUACCUGCUGCGUCUGUCGGAGGAUGAACGAAGGGCCACGCAGAAGGAGGUCCAAACCCGCUGCAGAAACUGUGGGACUGGAGAAUACCUCGACAAAAAACCCAGGUGGACUGCCGAGACAUCAUCAAGGUAUGUCAUCCCAGUCCGGGGAUGCAGGGUUUGUAAGAAGAGGUUCUGUUCAUUUGAUCCGACGGACCCAAACAUUGCCACCAUAUCAAAGGUUUCACUGAGCAAGAAAUGGAGAGAACUCAAGCAAGCUGGUAUCGACCCAAUCGAUUAUCCUCGCAGGCCAGAGAUAUUAUGGUCACAUAAAUCGCACCUUACAAAGCGCAAGGAGUUGGAAAGGGAAAGAGACAUGCUUUUGGCUAAGGAGGAGGCUGAAGUACUGAGUCAAGAGCCGAAGAAGAGGAACUUCAACUCAAAAAGAAGGCUGAAGUCUUAG